AAGAAUGCGGAAGAGGUCGGGACUUACCUGCACUGCAGUAGUUGUGGUGAUUGAUUCACUGACACUGGGCCUCGGCUGUGAAUUGGUCGUCUUCUUCUUCUUCAGGCGUAAGACAACAUUGUUAAGCGCAUCACUUGUUUUUUGUUUUUAGAUGUGGAGGUUUUCAACCUCUAAUCAAUGACUAGCAAAGUUUCUAGAGUUUCAACUUCGAUAGUUUAUUGGCUUGGUUUGUCGUUGCAUGCGACGGUAUGGGCUGCAGGUUGCUAUCUAAUGGAAAUAGUGGAGCUUCAGUGGAGCAUGUUGUAAUGGGUAGUUCCAUGAGGUGGCUAUUCCUGGAAUGAUCCUGCCUGCUUUUGGUGAUGUACGGAGGAGAACGGGAGACACUGUUUCUGUUCAUUUUUGAUGAUGGGCUUCGGUCUGUAGCAGGAGGAGUUUUUUGCGCUGUGGCGAUUGUUGGGUUUUAUUUUGAGGUUUUGUGGUUCUGGUUGUGCGGAGAGAGCUGAGUGCCUCGGGUUACUGCGAUGAAAUCUAGUAUGGGGACUAAGCUGGAAAAUAUUAGUUGCGUAGGUGAAGUAGCAUUCGUGGGUAUAAGUCUCAUUUUGUGCAAUCUCGUAGCUGUGAGUGGAACUCCCUUUCCGGUUCCUCGUCGGCCACUGCCGACUGGGCACAAGAAAAUGCGGGCGCUCGCCGGUUUUGAGAGUCUUAAGGGACAGCUAUCGGCUUCGACGGCAACUGAGAAGACAUCCAUAACUUUAAGCGAUGGCGAUACAGUGUUGUGCAUCCCAAUUGAAGAACAACCGUCCCUGUCUCAUUUGGACAGCCCAAACAUUCAAUUAAAGCCAUCAAAUCACCCAGAACCGGAAAGUAGUCCUUCAGAAGUCCAAAAUGAUGUGAAGAUGGCAUCUCAGGUUUUUGCCAAAGAGAUUGGCAAGUGUCCCAAAGGGCAGAUACCCAUGCGCACGGGUCGCAACUCUCCCUUGUAUCCUACCGCAGGAGCAGGUGGUCCCACCCAGGAAGUGCAGAGCUCCAGCACAUCUUCACGUCAGUACGUGCACCACCAUGCUUACACUGCAACGACUAUAUCUCAUCCUCCGUCCUACAAGGGCACCGAAGUGGUGAUGAACGUAUGGCAACCAUUUGUGGAGCCCGAAGAUUUCAGCCUUGCCCAGCUAUGGGUAAUGAAUACGGGCUUAUCGUUCACCCCCGACAGCAUUAACUGGCCCAUGAACUCAAUCGAAACUGGCUGGCAGGUUUACUCGGAUCUGUACAGCGACAUGCGUCCUCGACUAUUCGUCUACUGGACAGGAGACGGGUAUGUAAAAACAGGUUGCUAUAACCUAAACCAAGAUUGUUCGAGUCUAAGUCCAGGAUUCGUGCAAGUGAGCAACAAGGUUCUACUCGGUGGUGCAAUAUCGCCACCUUCCGCUGCAAAUUCAGAACAGUAUGAAAUCAGACUGCGCGUAUUCAAGGAUGAUGACUCCGGCAAUUGGUGGCUUCAGUUCAACCAGGAUUACGUCGGCUACUGGCCUAGUUAUCUCUUCCACUCGCUCCAAAACACGAGCGACUUGAUCCAGUGGGGUGGGGAGGUCUUCGAUGUCCGAGACGAUAAUAGUCAGACAAAGACGCACAUGGGUAGCGGUGACAUUCCCGCUUCGGGUUUCAGAAAGGCCGCCUAUCAGAGGAACUUGCAAUAUGUUGCCAUGAACAACAAACUGUACCAAGUCCAAGACUUGCAGGCUGUGUCCACGAAGCCCACCUGCUACACCGUGUCUUCAGGCAGCAGUAAAGCCUGGGGCACUCAUUUCUAUUACGGUGGUCGGUGUUGAAGGAUCACGGAGCUGAAAGAGCUUGUGCUUAACUCAAGCACACGGCAUAGACAAGCACCUUGGCUGAGCCCUUGUUUAUCAUGCACACAGCUAGUGUUCCUUUUUAACGUUUGGAGAGAUAUACCAUCUUUCCACAGCAAACUAGAGAAGCAGCACCCAAAUUCAGCGACAGGCAGAUCCUCGCAGUUCAGAUUCCCACAGCUCCAUCAACUGUAUGAGCCACUUCUGUUCACAUGCUGCUUUAGCCAUUAUUCCUCCAGCUUUACUUUCUGUGUUGGAGGUAUCAAGAGGAAUUCGAGACGCACCAAACGCCCACGUUACCUCGAAUUGUGAAGGAGAGGAGAUCAAACUCAAGUGAUAUUUGUGCCUCUUCCUAGUAGCCGUCUCCUAGCACCGGUGUCCCGAAGUGCAAGGAUAGCAGGUUUUCAAAAGAUAAGCCAUCAGUUGCUCCCCAUGCACAUUGCAAUUAAUGAAUAGGGAAAACUAAUUUCAUUGUACGCCUUUAGAGAGGUGAUCCUGUCAAUCUAUCAUACUUAACAAUUCAGCGUCAUAUUUCUUUAUAGAUCUUCCAAUCGAAAGUUGGCAACGAUGCAGUGGUCUGCUGAUUGUCGCAAAUCAGGCAUGUCAACGUCGGUUGGUACAUUUAUUUUUAGAAACUACGAAGAAACAUGGAUUCUGCGAUACGAGGAGGUAUCGUCUCAAUGUAGAGCUUAGUGGUGAAAAACUGCGUGCAAAGGGUUGCAGUUGCUCUAAGUUUCAUUUGCUGUUCAAGUGACAAGGAAUUUUGAUGGAUUACUCUUGUAAUGAUAAUUGUAGUAAAAUAAUAACAUAAUUCUAAUUUUAAUUA